CUCAAGGAUGCCGUGGGUGAGGAGACAAAUUAUCCACCACCACUGAAACCCACCCCUUGGCCGCCUUAAAACGAAUACUGCCAGCCGCGCAAGACCAUCGAUAUCGAAAGGAAGCGUCGCAACCGAUCACCAGGACGAAGCACCAAACCUACCCCAUGGAUCUAACCGAGGCAUUCGCCCCGGGAGGGGGUGGAGAGGAGCUGCCAAAGACCGAUUUCUUCGACUUCGUCGUCUCUCCACCUCCCCACUGCGCCUCCGCAGAUGGCGUGUCGGACGAAGAAAGCUUCCUCCAUCGCACCACCUGCAGGAGCAUCGGCUACCUUCAACAAGGUCACGAGGAGCACGAGACCAGUCGGGAACUCCACGGCUCCCCAUUCAUCAAAGAGACCAACAACAACACACUGACAGCUUUACCACCUGUCUCGACUAUCACCGGCUCCCUCAGCCACCAUCAUCAUCACCACCACGUGAGGACGCAUCACAGCGCUUGCAACGUUCAACAGAGCAACGAACAGACACCGAUGGACCAAUCCGACUGCGACUAUUGGGGCACGGACGAGAGCAAGGAGCAAACCUGUAACAUACUCCUGGAAGAUCUGAACAAAUACUGUUGGUCGGCUCACGCGAAUGCGCAGAGCCACGGAAACGACAACGUGAACGUUCACCAGGGCUCGAACGAGCAUCACCAAGGGGUGGGUCGAGGAUGCUCGGCGAACGACAGACAGAACACCGACGGGGCGAUAUACACUCUCACCGUGUUGAACAACGAGGCAAACUCGAUGGACGCGUUGGACUGUUGCAAGAGUCCAGCGCCCACGUCCAGCGACUCAUGGUCGCUCAGACCUAACCUAGAUCUGGACGCUAUACUGAGCAUGGAACCAGCUUCCGCCGAGCAGGAACACGAUCAAUCCAAUGCCGUGACAGAGGUUUCGCGGACGGUGAACGACAGGUUUCACCCGGACCGUUUCUCCGUUGCUUCCUCGCAGUACGCCACCGACGACAGCGGCUUCGUCGAGAGCAAGGAGCUCUGCGGCCGAGGGGCAUCCAGCGGCGGCAAUUGUACCGGUGGCGACAACAACAACGAUUGGAAGCUGUCCGAUCAAAAUCUGCAGGAGGCUGCAGCCGCCGCCGCUGCCGCUGUCGCGGUCGGUGCCGGCGAUUCCGCCGAGAGCCUUCUCAGGAGCGCUCUUCAAGGCAAACUGUACACAGGCCCUACCCAAGUGGUGUCAUCCUCGUCACCGACCACUCAAGGCUCCGCUAUAUCGAUGCCUGUUACGAGCAACGCAGGUUUGCAGAUAGUCUCCGAUCAACAGCAGCAGCAGCAGCAGCAGCAACAGCAGCAACAGCAACAACAACAGCAACCGCAAACGCAACAGGACGAAUCCAUGCACACGUGCACCGACGAGGAUUUGUUACUCUCCCAACUGGACCAGACGACCUAUCGUCCCGGCGAUUACGAGAAGCUAAAGAGCAUAGCCAACGAAGUGGUGGAGUCUUACUGCAGCCUGGAACCGGUUUGCAACGUGUCUGCAACGACCACGGUUAUGUACACGUUGGACCCAACCAGUGGUAGCCUCGGCACGAUCACGCUGCCCGCGGAUCUGGGUCAAGUGAGCACGGUUACGGUGGUGACAGCGGCUCAGCAGGAGGUUCUCCAGCAACAGGCGGCUCCUCGAACGGAGGUGGAGCAGCAGCAGUCAGCCAACCAACUUCAAAUAACCCCGUCGCGAGUCGUCACGACGAAAGCCCCGAAGAAGUACUGUCGACGCACGAACAGGAACAGCAGCAACGCGAACGCUGCUAGCAAUGGAAGCAGCGGUUCUGAAACAGGUGGAAACACGAGUGGGCAGCAACAGGGUGGUUCGGGCGGCUCGCCGGGCAGCGUUCAACGGAAGGAGCGCUCGUUGCAUUAUUGCAGCAUCUGUAGCAAAGGUUUCAAGGACAAGUACAGCGUGAACGUUCACAUCAGAACGCACACGGGCGAGAAACCGUUCGCCUGUUCCCUGUGCGGCAAGAGUUUCCGGCAGAAGGCACAUUUGGCGAAACAUUACCAGACCCACGUGACGCAGAAGCCCAGUGUUCAGCAACAGGCGAGCGGCAGUGGCGCCAGUAACAACGGAAAUAGCGGGAAUCCAAGCCCAUCUGGCGAGACGAGCGGCACGACAACGAGCACCGUGACGAACAGGAGUCAAUCACACCAGGUGUCGGUCGAUCCCGCGGGGAACGCCUGUAAUCCACCUAGUUAGUCGCGUUGGAUGGGCCAAACAACCUACUUCCGGUUCCCAACGUCCAAUUGGAUUGCAGUUAAUCCUUGCUACUCCAUUUAAUCUAAUUCCCGGUGGCACGGUGCGGAAAGUGGAUCGGCGAUUUUGCACGAUGGUGAUGGUCAACGAAAGGAUACACCGUGCGAGUCUUCCUUUUUUCUUUUUUUUUUUUUUUUUCCUCUCUUCUUUAUCACUUUAUGUAUCUAUUUCUGUUCUCUGUUCUCGCUUGUCUCUUCGUAAGUUUUCUCUCUCCGUUUUUUUUUCUUCUUCUUUUUCUUUUCAUAUUUUCCGUCCAUCGAUCAGAAUCUUCGUUCGGUUCGAGAAUUCGGGAUGAUUUACGACGACUGAAGAAGUUUCAGGAUCCCGGCAAAGAGCUAACCAUGACUAGCGUCGAGCAUCGUGAGAUCUAUUAAAGUGUCGAUUAGUAUUAAUUUUUUCUUUUUUUUUUUUUGGAAAUUAUCUCAUCUUAGGAGGAUAAUAUUAGGAUCGUUCUCUCGUCGAUUCGGAUAUUUAUUUGAAUUGCAUGUUUUAUGUCGGAUAGCACAGAGACGGUUUAUGAGCGUCUUAAAGAGCGUCUGGUAAAAUUUAUAAAGAAAAGAAAUUAGAAUUUAAAAAUUAAAAGUCAAAAUAUUCUCCUUCGAAUUAAUAAUAAUAAAAGAUCAAUUAAGAGAAUCGCAAGUUUAUCUGUGAUAAAUUAUCAUCAGUAACAUCUUCCAUUAUCAAAACAUUUAUACAUAAUUGAUUCUCACGCUUUAGAAUUACUCGUAUAUAUCUCAUAUUUCCUUUAUAGUUCGAAUCGUGUUGUGUUAUAUAACACAAUCACCAACAAUUGUUUAUCGUAUAAAAAUAAUUAUUCGUGAAACAUCGUUUAAAUAAAAAAUAAGUAAAAAAUAAGUAAAAAAUUUGCACCAGGCAUCUUUAAGACGUUGUUGGUUUAAAAACUAACUCCAUAAUAGACAACUUUUAGACGUCGUGUGCUGUCUGGGACGAGUUGCACGCAGCGGUGCUCACGAGUUAUGCGAGAAAGCGCGAGCUGGUAACCGCUGGUAGCCGCAGAGAUCCCACGAAGAAUUUAACGAGCCACACUGUAGAACAUUCCUUCGGACGCUUUCUUUUCUGGGCGUUCCCGAUCGUACCCUUGUCUUGCGCGUAACAGCGAUUUAUCAAUCGCGGAAAACCGUCCGUAGAAUCGCGAUCGGAUCGCGGUUUAUCGUGAAUUUAUCCAUGGGAGUGCAAGGAGGAGCUUCUGAUGACCUUUGUAUGGCUGUUGUUCCUAUCGCCAGUCUAAGUUCCCGUAAUAUUAUUAUUCUAUGAUUGUGAUGCAAAUAUUAACGACCCGUGUGUAUGUCGUGGUCGGGAACUUGAAUUGGCGAUGCUCGUGAGUGAAUUAAAUCGAUAUUACGUUACGAUCGAUCGAUAAGUUCCGUCGAUAAGUUCACGAUGAUAUUAUAGGUUAAGGAGGCGAGCAGAGAUCGCCAUUUAUUUUUUUAUUCUCGUGAUUAAUUAUUUCUCGUUCGAUGUCAAUUGGUCGAGGCCGUUCGAAGAAAAGUAUAAUAAUGAUUUGAACGAUUGAUAAAGGAAAAAAAAAAAGAAAUAAAUAAUAAACAGUGAGAAAGUAAAAAUGGAAGAGAAGGAGAGAUAAAAGAAUGAAACGAAUGGGGUAAGUUCUAACGAAUUGCCUUCAAAUUGAUCAAUUGAUUUCGGACGAGGUAUAGUCGAAUCGUCGAUCGACAGUGGAUGCACGAUACGAUUCAGUUCGCGAUACGAGAACUCGGUGAAAUUGUUGUUCCUAAGACGACUUAUUGCUGUUUCAAAACGAGGGACCACGUCGACGAUGAUAGCGCACAAUUGAUCGAUAUUUAAUACCGCUACGAGAUAUUAACGUUGAUGAUAUUUUUACAAAGAAGAUUCUUCUUCAUCUUC